AUGUUAAUGAUCAUCUUAAUCAUACACAAUUUAACCCACAGUGGUUCUUCGGUGGCUUUAGCUUUUUGUUUUUUGUUAUACCUCAUCAAACCAGAUUGCGGUUCGCAUCAAUAUCUAAAGUCAGGCUGCUAAAAGAAAGGCAACGCUGAGAAAGAUAGUUGAAAAGAAAUAAAAUACAAGUUUGCUUUUCUGGGACGACAACUUCGACUCGUACUCCUUGCUUAUUUUACCAAUUCGAACUAGGCUGAAAUAAAUGAAAAUGACUGGUGACCUACCCAAAAAAAUGAAAAAGAAAGUGAAAAAGACGUCUAGCAAGGCAGCAGACCACGCUGUCGUUGCGCGUCAAGCCGACUAUCAGGAAUCGGAUGCAGCGACAAGGAAAACGAAAGUUUCUGAAACGGAGCCCGCUCCCUCCGUGGAAAAGGUGAAGAAGAAGAAAAAAGUGAAGAAAUCCACUGUUUCUAAGAAGGACGCGACGGCGCAACUAGCGAAAAAGCUGAAAGACAAGGCUCUCAACAAGGUCGCUCCUGCGCCAGAACAAACAACCGCCGACGAACACGAUGAGGACGAUGAGGCAUCAUCUGAUGCAGAAAUGCCAGACAGCACCGGAGCUGCACAAAGUGACGCCACCAACACAGAAAAAACCUCUUUCAACGAAGACUUCGACCCUAGUAAGGACCUCCCCUACACCGAGCGGCUUUCCCAGGAAGCGUCGAAGCAAGCCGCGCCGAGGACGGUUUUCAUCUCUGGCCUCCCCUAUGUGUGGGAUUUGGACAAGAUCAAAAAUCUCUUGACGAAGCAGGCAUGUAAGGGCUUCGGCGAGAUUCGCGCACCAACCUGGCAAGACACCGGGCGGCUGCGCGGGUACUGCCACGUGGAAUUCGACACGGAAAAGAACGCAAAAAUGGCGAUCAAGAAGUUACAUUGGUUCACGCCGCCGAACAGCAAACGGUAUUUGGAAGCGAAAACCGCAAACGAGGUGAAGCAGUCAACAGUUAGUAACGCAGCAGAUGGAAAGAAGAAAUCAUUGCCAGAGUCCAGCAAAACGCUUUUCGUGAAGAACCUUCCCUACACCGCCACGGAGGCGGAAAUCGCCGAAUGCUUCGGCGGGGAACCCAAGGUGAAAACCGUCCGCGUCGGCCACGAGCAGGGGCGGAGCAAGGGCUUCUGCUACAUCGAGUUCGAUAGUCACGACACGGCGAAGAAGAUUUUGCAGGAAUCCGCCGGGAAGUUCGCCUUGCAGAACCGAACGUUGUUCAUCGACGCAGAAACCGGGACUGGGCCGAGAGCGGGUUACCACUACCGAAAGGAGGCCUACGAAAAUGGGUUCACGGAAAAAGUCAGGCCGAGAAAAGCGAUGUGGUAACGCAUCUCCUUUGAACAGACAAAACGCAAUAAACCUCAACUGCAACUCUUUGUAUUUGCACAAUCAGGUGGAGGUGGCUCUGCAAAACUGUAAAUGAUAAAUGCUCCU